CAGGACCCAGAUCCAGAGGACCUACUUCCACAAUAGCUGAUCCGGGCCACAAAGCUCCCUGGAGUCCUCAAAGAGCGAAGAGGAGAGAUUGUGGAUUAAAUUCAACCUUAAGACAACAUGCAAAAAUUAAAAAGUAAAUUUCUCUUGCUGUUAAGAAGAAAUAAAGUUAUGGAUGAUCCCACAGUUUCUGCAUUAUCUUCUGGGAAUGAUUGCAGCAAGAACCCUGACCUAGAUCAAAUGACAGCACUAAACUAUGGUGAAGUGACCAAUGAAAGUGCUACUACAUAUGAAUUUCCCUCAGUAUCCCAUUAUGGAGAAAGCUCUGGUGCAUAUGAACUCCUCUCAAUACCCCAUGAUGAAGCUGUUAAUGAAAUCUCUGCCCAGGAUGAAUUCACAUCAGAACCCUGUAAUGAAAUUAAAAGAAAAAUCACUUCCCAAUAUGAAUUAAAUACAGUAACCUCACAUGGACUAGACCAAGAAAGCUCUACUCCAUAUGAAUUCACAUCAGUUCCUGAUAAUGAAGAGACCACAAAAAUCUUUACCUCAUAUAACUUUCUACCAGUAUCUGCUUAUGGAAAUACCAGUGAAAGCACAGCCAUAUAUAAAUCUAAAGAUUCAUCCAUGAGUGGACUCAGCCAUCCAGCCAUAUCAGAAGAACUUUCCAGGCUUGAUGAUGGCAUUGAAGACAUUGACUUUCCUAAUAUGUAUGGCUUGUUGGCCCAGAGGCCACACGACCUCGCCAGAGGGCGAGGGGGGGGCAAGGGCCCGCCUCCCGCCGCUGCCUUGGCGCGGGGCCUGGGGGGGCCGCGCUGA